GACUGAGCGCGCGCGCUUGGACUUUGUUUUUAAUGACCAAAACGCCCAACGUGCAUACGUCGACGUCUGCGUCCCCGCUGCUUCUUCCACCUGCCCCGAGCUCCUCCGUGCGCGAGCAGCGCGGGAUGGCGCGGCAGCCGCGCGGGCCGAGGACGGCAAGCGCCUCCGGUACCCAGGGCCAGACCUCGUGCCGUUUGCCAUCGAGGCUUUGGGCCGACUGGGGGACGACGCCGUGGCCCUUCUCCGCGCGUGCGCGCCGGAGGACCCAGUCGAGCGGUCUCGGGUCCUUGGCUCGGCCUGGCAGUCGCUCUCUGCGCUGCUGCAGACGCGCAACGCGGAGCUGUUAUUGGCAGCAGAAUCGGCUUGAUUGUUUUCGCCUCAUCCAUGUUGGUUCUGUGUUUGAUUCCGUAGCCGUGAUGGCUUACUCUCCUCCCCCUCCUCCUCCUCCUCCUCCUCCGCCGCGUCCUUCUCCCUUUCCCUCCUCCUCCUCCUCC